CUUUUAGCUUCGUUGUAUUGUGGUACAGAUUGUAUUUUCGAAUUCUUUUAAGCAAAAUUUCAGUGUUCAGAAAAAGUAAAAAAAAAGUAAAACCAUCGGCACUCUCAUUCUUCAGAAUCGUUUGGUUGUUAGGUCUUAGGAUUAAUAGCUUGCGCAUUGAUUGUUGGCUGAAGCACAGAUGUCUGUUCGCAACUCACGCCCCCAGUUAUCGUGGCCGGAGCGGGUAAGUCCGCAAAGGACUAUUGACACUCCAACGGCAUCCGGAGAAAUGUUGACUCGUCGUCAAUCGGCACCAGCGUUGGUCGUGCCGCCGGAGGAGACCACGCACGUUGUGGUGGUCAAGCGGCAAUCCCCGGACGCAGCCGCUGCCGGAGAACUGGUGCCGUCUAGGCGGAAGGACUCGGUGGCUGUGCAGUCGGGAAUUGUGGCCACUGGGCCAUUGGACACAACACGCAGUGGUGCAAGAGACGAUUUUCUAAUGGCUUUGCUCGAGUGCCCGGUGUGCUUUGGCUACAUAAUGCCGCCAAUUAUGCAGUGCCCGCGUGGCCACCUCAUCUGCUCCACCUGCCGCUCAAAGUUGACCAUUUGCCCCGUCUGCCGGGUGUUCAUGACCAACAUCCGCAGCCUGGCAAUGGAGAAGGUGGCCUCCAAGCUGAUCUUUCCCUGCAAGCAUUCGCAUUUCGGCUGCAGAGCGCGGCUCUCUUACGCAGAGAAGACCAAGCACGAGGAGGAUUGCGAAUGCCGUCCGUACUUCUGCCCGUAUCCGGAUGACAAGUGCUCCUGGCAGGGACCGUUGAGGGACGUAUACCAGCACCUGAUGAGCUCCCACGAGAACGUGAUCACCAUGGAGGGCAACGACAUCAUCUUUUUGGCCACCAAUGUGAAUCUGGAGGGUGCCCUCGACUGGACAAUGGUGCAGUCCUGCCAUGGGCGGCACUUCCUCCUCUCGCUGGAGAAGAUCAAUUUGGGAGAGGACUGUCAGCAGUACUUCACCGCCUGUCGGAUGAUCGGCUCCAUGAAGGAUGCCGCCGAGUUCGUGUAUAACAUCUCCUUGGAGGCCUAUAAUCGCACUCUCCGCUGGCAAUCCAAGCCAAGAUCAAUCCGUGAGAACUUCUCCUCGUUCACCAACGCCGACUUCCUGGUGCUCAAUAAGCACACCGUCGAACUGUUCUCUGAGGACGGUAAUCUUGCCCUGAACGUGGUCAUUAGGAAGGUGGAGGAGCGUACCAACUAACCCCUAGCGUAUCCGUAUCUCUGCCCCCCCCUAUAAAUUGGACUUUCGUCGCUGAUUGGUAGCUGUUAGCGUGUUAGAUAAGUGCAUAUUAAAUUAAUACAUGUGCUAAGCUAGUCCUAUGAAUUCCAAUGAACUACUCAAAAUCACUAUGAUUCAAAAGAAUGGUGUUGAUGUUUUAAGGAUUUACAUUAGGAAAAGAAUAAAGGAUUGAAACGU